AUGAACGUCAACCUGCGAGCUAAUGGAGCAUGCCACCUUAAGUGGACCGCCAACCAGAAGAACAUUGGUGUUUGUGAUUCAAGUUGGGGCGUUGAUGACAACACCGAGGAAGAGACGAGUUGGCUAAAAGAUUCCAUCAAGGAGGUCACCGAACAAAGCCCCUUCAGAGGCUACUCUAACUUUGUUUUCGCUAUUAUGAUGCAGGAGACCAAGGGCUGCGUGAGAGUCAGGACGACGGUUGCCCCGGACAGAAGCGUGCGUAACCCAGGCCUGAUGCAGACCCACAAUGGUAAGGCGAGCUGCUGGAAUAACGGAAAGGGCACCAAGCCUUGCACGAAGAAACAGAUCUCGGCCAUGAUUAACGAUGGCGUCAACGGAGAGGGCGGCUUAAAGAAGCAUCUCCAGCAACUUGGUGGAAAGACGGAUGCCACCACUCUAUACCAGGUUGCCCGUUCAUACAACUCUGGUUCGCUGGCUCCGUCGAAGAAUUUGGGCGAUGGCCAGGGUGCCACUCCAUGCUACGCGUCAGAUAUCGCCAACCGCCUCACUGGCCAAUGGACCGACGGCCCUAGCACUUGCAAUUCGAACGAUGUCGCCAAGAUGGCCACUUCUGCGGGUGGUGCCUCAGGCCACUUGGAUGACCAGAACGUCCCGGCCAGCGGCGACAGCGCUACAGGCGUUACUAGUGCGUCAUUCCAGGCCAACUCGGCAACGACACAGACCUGGCACGCGGUCGCCCAGCCUAUACUUCCGUCGGAGCCAAACAUGGCUUUACGUGCCAGUACCUCGCCCUCGCCCACCCCCAACAUCGGGGUAUCCCAGCAAUCCGGGGCCGCUACAAGCAGGAGAGUCUUGGUAACCACUGCACCGCCCGCCCCAAGCAUUUCUAUUGUGGAAAAGCGCCCUGUUCCUAGUCCGGCACUAAAUGCGCCGGUGAGCACCCCAGUGACCCCAGCUAAUGCCGGCAACAUGCCCGCCCCUAUACAGGCUAGCAGGACGCUUGGAAGCCCCAAUUAUCCCUCCUCGCUGUCAUCUUGCCAGCAGCGUCAUCUGGUGGUGGACAAUGAUUACUGUCUGAAGCUGCAGCAGGCAUUCAAUGUGAGCCUAAAUGAGCUGCGCCGCUUAAACCCGGGUUUGAACCAAAAUUGCUCGAAUCUAUGGCUUGGAUAUCAUUACUGUGUAAAGGGAAAUUGA